AUACUUACGGAAUCUGUUAAUUCUACUUUUGAGCACUUAUGAAUAACCACGUAUCAUCAAAACCAUCCACCAUGAAGCUAAAACAGACCAUCAACCCCAUUCUUUUAUAUUUCAUACAUUUUAUAAUAUCUCUUUAUACUAUUUUAACAUACAUUCCAUAUUAUUUUUUGUUUGAGUCAAGACAAGAAAAAUCAAAUCAAAUUAAAGCAAAGCCUGUAAAUUCAAACCCUGAGUCAGCGUACAGAUCUGUCAACUGUUUGGAUGGGUUGGCCUCAUCAUUAUACCCUGGAUGUGAUACCCUAGAUAAAGUUUUCAUGUAUGCAAAGAACAAAUUUAAGGACAAAAGACUCUUGGGGACCCGUGAACUUUUAAAUGAAGAAGAUGAAGUACAACCAAAUGGGAAAAUUUUUAAAAAGGUUAUUCUUGGACACUAUAAUUGGCUUUCCUACGAAGAUGUCUUCAUUAGAGCUUCUAAUUUUGGAAAUGGCUUACAGAUGUUGGGUCAGAAACCAAAGACCAACAUUGCCAUCUUCUGUGAAACCCGGGCUGAGUGGAUGAUCGCAGCACAGGCGUGCUUUAUGUGCAAUUUCCAGCUGGUCACGCUGUAUGCUACUCUUGGAGGCCCAGCAAUUGUUCACGGAUUAAAUGAGACAGAGGUCACCAACAUCAUCACUAGCAAAGAGCUCCUGCAAACCAAGCUGAAGGACAUAGUUUCUUUAGUCCCUCGUUUGCGACAUAUCAUCACCGUCGACGGGAAGCCGCCCGCCUGGUCUGAGUUCCCCAAGGGUGUCAUCGUGCACACCAUGGCUGCCGUGCAGGCCCUGGGGGCAAAGGCCAGUGUUGAAGAGCAGCCGCACAGCACUCCACUGCCCUCGGACAUCGCGGUGAUCAUGUACACCAGCGGCUCCACUGGGCUUCCCAAGGGCGUCAUGAUCUCUCACAGUAACCUUGUUGCUGGCAUCACUGGGAUGGCAGAAAGGAUUCCAAGACUGGGAGAGGAGGAUGUCUACAUUGGAUACUUGCCUCUGGCCCAUGUUUUAGAAUUAAGUGCUGAGCUUGUCUGUCUUUCUCAUGGAUGCCGCAUUGGCUAUUCUUCACCACAGACUCUAGCAGAUCAGUCUUCAAAAAUUAAAAAAGGAAGCAAAGGGGAUACAUCCAUGUUGAAACCAACAUUGAUGGCAGCUGUUCCGGAAAUCAUGGAUCGGAUCUACAAAAAUGUCAUGAAUAAAGUGAAUGAAAUGAGUAGUUUCCAACGCAAUCUGUUUAUUCUGGCCUAUAAUUACAAAAUGGAGCAGAUUUCAAAAGGACGUAGCACUCCGCUUUGUGACCGCUUUGUUUUCCGGAAAGUUCGAAGCUUGCUAGGUGGGAACACCCGGCUUCUGUUGUGUGGUGGUGCUCCCCUUUCGGCAGCCACUCAGCGGUUCAUGAAUAUCUGUUUCUGCUGUUCCGUCGGUCAGGGAUAUGGACUCACGGAAUCUUCUGGAGCUGGAACAAUUACAGAAGUGUGGGACUACAAUACUGGCAGAGUGGGGGCGCCGUUAGUUUGCUGUGAAAUCAAAUUGAAGAACUGGGAGGAAGGUGGAUACUUUAAUACUGAUAAACCGCACCCUAGGGGUGAAAUUCUUAUUGGUGGCCAAAAUGUGACAAUGGGAUACUACAAAAAUGAAGCAAAAACAAAAACUGAUUUCUUUGAAGAUGAAAAUGGACAGAGGUGGCUCUGUACGGGAGAUAUUGGCGAGUUUGACCCUGAUGGUUGUUUAAAGAUUAUUGAUCGUAAAAAGGACCUUGUAAAACUUCAGGCUGGAGAGUAUGUUUCUCUUGGGAAGGUAGAGGCAGCUUUGAAGAAUCUCUCAUUAAUAGAUAACAUCUGUGCUUAUGCAAACAGUUACCAUUCUUAUGUCAUUGGAUUUGUCGUGCCAAAUCAAAAGGAGCUAACAGAACUAGCACGGAAGAAAGGACUUACAGGGACCUGGGAGGAGCUCUGUGACAGUCGUGAAGUGGAAGAUGAGGUCCUUAAAGUGCUUUCUGAAGCUGCUAUUUCAGCAAGCCUGGAAAAGUUUGAAAUCCCAGUAAAAAUUCGUUUGAGCCCUGAACCGUGGACCCCUGAAACUGGUCUAGUGACAGAUGCCUUCAAACUGAAACGUAAAGAGCUGAAAACGCAUUACCAGGCGGACAUUGAGCGGAUGUAUGGGAGAAAAUAGUAGCCUCUUUCAGCUUCGGUUUGCUACAGGGAGCUCAGAUCAAAUAGGAAAAUACUUGAAAUGCACGUCUCAGACUGUGAGGCACACUCCAUUCCUCAUAUUAAAUAUAAACUGUUAUUUCUCAUGGCAUCACCAUUUUUAACUGACGGGAUUAGUAAAAUACUAAGACAGCAAACUUGUGUCUGUCUCUUCUUUCUUCCUCUUCCAGUUGCUUCACCAUCUAGGACUGCACUUGUCGGCAUGACGCCUCCCGAGUCACUUGGGGAACAGUGAUUUUAAAACCUCAAGUUUUUAAACAUGAUUUAUAUGUUCUGUAUAAUGUUCAGUUUAUAACUUUUUAAAGUUUGGAUGUAUAGAGGGAUAAAUAGGAAUAUAAGAACUGGUUAUUUGGGGGGUUUUUUACUUACAGUAUUUAAAAAUGAAAGGGUAUGGAUGUGAAAUUAUGUAAAUUUCAGAUGCUUAUAAAUCAAAUCAUUGUUGAGCAAAAGACUUGUUGCUGUGUAAUUAUUGUCUUGUAUGCAUUUGAGAGAAAUAAAUGUACCCGUUCUUAUGUUUUAAGAAAUUGAGACCUUGUGAAUAUAUACCUGACAGCGUCUUCUUUAUUUAUUCUUUAUUAGAAAAGAUGAAGUUUGAUUGAUGCUGCAUGAAACAAUAGAAAUAGAGGGUGAUGGCUCAGUAGUAGAAGAGGAAACGGGAAGAAAAUUAGUCUCUGGUAGCUGAGCCUCAGACUAUGCUGCUGUCUAGUUAACUCUUGACACCAGAAUAACACCCAGACUUAAAUGGAAGCAAUUCUGAAAGCUGAGGUAGGAUGUUUAAAGCAAAGAAUAGAAAGUGACUAUUGUAACGCCCAUAUGUACAGAGUUGUCUGUGCUAUAUAAUGUGCAUAAUGGCACAUUAAUCAUACAAAAUUGCUCUGUCUCACUCCCCUACUAUUAGCCCAGUUGUUUAAUCAUGGAUAUCAUUCCAAAUUUGGAUUUUUCUUGGAUGGUUUGCACGGGGGGUUGGGUAGAGUGUGCACACCAUUGUCAGUGCCUGUUGGUAGCUUAUUCAAAAAGCACCUUGCUCCUUUUGGUCUUCUGUCCACAUUAUUAAGAUACAUGAGAAUCGAAUUGACUUUAUAAUGAUGAGUGAAGCUUUAAUUUGUGGGUUUUUAUGUCAGUAUGGAAGUUAUUAGAGCGUCUAAAAACACUGCUGGUGUGACAUUACAUCCUUGUGUGUGCUGCGUGUCUGGUGUGUGAGUGUGUGAACCAUGGAUCAUUCUUAAGUUAGCAGAGAUGCCCGCCCCUUCUGGACUUCAAAAAUAAGUGUUGUGUUUUCCAUGCCAUGCUACUUUCUUGAUUCUCAGGAACUUUGGGCCUCAAGAGGCAAACAGAAAGACCAACACACACGGAAAGAUGAGAAUGGUUCUCUUUAGAUGGAGAAAGGACGAGUUGAGGACCCAGAGCAGUAAUUUGACGGUGCAAUAUGCUGUUUGGUGUCAAACUUACGUGUAUUCUUGUAUGAUUGUAUUAUGUUUUGAAUGCUUUUCUGUUUGUCAAAGUUUAAUACUUCAUAUUUUUUUUGAAAAGUGAAAAGGAAACCAGGAUGUUGUGGCUUGAAAAUUUUCAAUCCUAAAAUGCCAGAUAUAUCAGCACAACGUGCGAUUAAAAGCAAGUUGAGUCAGUCUUCUUCAAAUGGCUGUCAAAGCCAUCUUUGUGAUUUGAAGACUCUUACAAUACUUUUUGAAAUGAAGUUGGUAACUUUAAAAUAAAUGCCACCUAGCAGCUGUAAAUUUAUUCUUAAGAAAUACUGGCUGAAGCAGAAGAUAAUGGGGCAGAAACUAGGAAUUCCAAAGUAAAUUGCUAAAGCUGAUACACACGUCUGACUUCGACUACCGAUCCUUAAAGAGUGAUCAGUGUGAAAGAUUGUUUUCUGGAAAUAAGCGGUGGAAGCAUCAUGGAUCAUCCUUAAGUUAGCAAUACACAGCUCAACCACCCGGCUCCCCAUCCCAGCCCCUGCUGGGACUGGAGUUUAAACUACACUCAAGGUUUUUUCUGACAUCAGGAUAGAGUACAACAUCUAAGUGCACGCUUUUAAGUAGUGGAUUUGAUACCCAUAAUCUCCAAAGCUUGCAGUUUUGUUUUUUUUUUUCCUGCAAUGACUGAAAAGACUAACCUGGAAAUACACAAGGUUUUAUAGUUUGUAAACAAUUCUUGUGAUAUGACUAAUUUUUUUUUUAAGGAAAAAUAGAAUGUGUGAGUUCUUUUGUAAGAAAAUGACGCACAUUUGUGAUAUUUUAAAGGGGAUCCACUUUUAAAUGGCAUAUCUUGGACCAUGCAGAAAUGUAACGUGCCCAUUCUAUCCUUAGCAUUGGUUAUUUACUGUCAAUGUAUCCUUGCUGACUGCUGCUUUCUGCCUGAAGAAGCUACAUAACUACAUGGCAUGGACUAUUUAUUUGUAACUUGACAUGAGUUUGAAGAAUAAAGAUGUUUUUAAAAAGUU